CCGCUCGAUGUUGUCACACAGUCAGUCUGCCAGCUGACAUGUGACACACACACACAGAUAGAAACAGACCGAGACCAGCGACCACGCACCGACCUGCUCUUCUCUGCGUCCACCAGCUACACCGAGAUGGAGAUGUCUGCCGCUGCAGGUGGCCUGGGGAUGUCUGGUCACCAUCAGCACUCCGGCACGGUGAAGAGGAAGAGGUGGGGAGGUUUGAGGCAGCAGUGGAAGCUUCUGGGCUUGUUUGAGAUCGAUCAGCAGCACGAGUUCUACGGCCUUACCUGCAUGAUGAAGGAGGGAUUGGCUGCAGCCACCCAAAGCAACAUUGAUAAUGCAUCUACAAAUGAACUCUCAGAUGAUGAUUUCAGAUUAGAGGUUACUCAGAUUCAUAAGGAUUUUACAAUGGAGACGUUUGCAGGCCCCGUGUUUGCCAGCCUACGUGGCUCUUUAGGAAUGACGGAGCAGGAGUAUCAGCAGUCACUCUGCUCUGAAAACUGCUACCUUCAGUUCAUCAGCAACUCCAAGAGCAAGGCCGACUUCUUCCUGACAAAUGAUAAACGCUUCUUUUUGAAGACCCAGAACAAAAGGGAAAUCAAAUUCCUUUUGGCCAACCUGAAGAUCUACAUUGAACAUCUGAAGAAAUACCCCCAUUCAUUACUGGUCAAGUUCCUAGGCGUUCACAGGAUCAAAAUCCCACACAGACGGAAGAAAUAUUUCAUUGUUAUGCAAAGUGUUUUUUAUCCUGAUGAUCGAUUCAAUGCCAGGUACGACAUUAAGGGCUGCGAGGUGAGUCGUUGGACAGAGCCUGCACCAGAGGGGAGCCAGAUUAUUGUGAUUCUCAAAGACCUCAACUUUGAAGGCCAGUACAUCACUCUAGACCGGCAGCGUCCCUGGCUUCUGCGGCAGAUGGAGAUCGAUACCCACUUCCUCCGGAGGCUCAACGUGUUGGACUACAGUCUCCUCCUGGCCCAUCAACCCUUACACCACGACGAACGCCACCAGAGUCUCUCCUUAGCCACUCUCAUCAUGAGAACCAAAAAAUCUGUGAAUCCAGGCUCCAGCCCGAUCCAUGCAGGCAUAGCUGCUGUCCCCGGGGCAGUCCCUGAAGAUGAUUCCGCCUUACUUUUGUCUGAAACACAUGGCAGCUGUUUGAAGCAGUCACAAGCAGGAGUUGCAUCAAGCAGUGGCGCUCCUCAAACGUGCCCGGAUCACGCAGGGCCGGCCGGUGACGCAGCUGAGCUUCUAGACUUCAGGGCCCAAAACCGACGUUUGCUGCCCAACUUGAAGAAUCCUCUGCAUGUCAUCGACGGGCCUGAGCAGCGCUACUUCAUCGGCAUCAUUGACAUUUUCACAGUUUACAGUUUUAAGAAGCGACUGGAGCAUUUGUGGAAGAGGCUGAGACAUCCAGGCCGUUCCUUCUCCACCGUCAGUCCACAGACUUACUGCCACAGGUUAUGUCAAUGGGUACAGGACCAUACCAAGUAGACCCUGGGGGAGUGGUGGAGACUUACCACCAGCUCUCACUGAGCAUGUUCAAACAACUAACCAAAGUCCACACACAUGAAACAUGUUUAUUUACAUCUGUUCCAUGGCUCCAAUCCUUUCAUCUUUCCACAUGUUCAAAACACAUCUAUGGCGUUAUAUUUCAGCCUGGUCUUGUGAUGUUCCCAUGCAACGAAACUGCAUUGUCAAUUACGUUUCGAGGGAAACGAUGGACAUUGACAUUGUUAUUAUUAUUUUAACGUUAUGUUGAAUGUUUAACGUUAUGUACAUAAAUGACGAGAGAGAAAGAAAAAAAGUGCUCAAAAGCAUGGCGCUACUACUAAACUAAACCUGAGGGGACAUCACUCUAUUUUUUCCCUGAUAAUGCGACACUGAACAACAAAUCUGUGUUGAAAUCAA